CAGCUGCCGUAGGCAGUGAAUUGAAAGUGCUGGUCAAAAUGGAAGUGAAUCCCCCCAAACAGGAGCACCUGCUGGCCCUGAAAGUGAUGCGGUUAACUAAACCUACUUUAUUCACCAAUAUUCCAGUAACAUGUGAAGAAAAGGACUUACCUGGAGAUCUCUUUAACCAACUCAUGAGAGAUGAUCCUUCAACUGUUAAUGGUGCAGAAAUUUUAAUGUUGGGAGAAAUGUUGACUUUACCACAGAAUUUUGGGAAUAUAUUUUUGGGAGAGACCUUUUCCAGUUAUAUCAGCGUUCAUAAUGAUAGCAAUCAAGUUGUAAAAGAUAUAUUAGUAAAAGCUGAUCUUCAGACAAGUUCUCAGCGUUUAAAUCUUUCAGCCUCCAAUGCUGCAGUGGCUGAACUUAAACCUGAUUGUUGUAUUGACGAUGUCAUACACCAUGAAGUAAAGGAAAUUGGAACACACAUCUUGGUGUGUGCAGUGAGCUAUACAACUCAGGGUGGAGAAAAAAUGUAUUUUAGGAAAUUCUUCAAAUUUCAGGUUCUCAAACCAUUGGAUGUGAAAACCAAAUUUUAUAAUGCAGAGAGUGACCUCAGUUCUGUGACUGAUGAAGUAUUUCUCGAAGCCCAGAUUCAGAAUAUUACAACCUCACCCAUGUUUAUGGAGAAAGUGUCACUGGAGCCAUCUAUAAUGUACAAUGUAGCAGAAUUAAACUCAGUCAGCCAAGCUGGAGAAUGUGUAACUACAUUUGGGUCAAGAGCAUAUUUGCAGCCAAUGGAUACACGCCAGUAUUUGUACUGCCUGAAACCCAAGAAGGAGUUUGCAGAAAAAGCAGGCAUCAUUAAAGGAGUAACAGUAAUUGGAAAAUUGGAUAUAGUGUGGAAAACAAAUCUAGGUGAAAGGGGAAGAUUACAGACCAGCCAACUUCAACGAAUGGCUCCAGGUUACGGAGAUGUUAGGUUGUCUUUGGAGGCAAUCCCAGAUACCGUAAACCUAGAAGAACCUUUUCAUAUUACCUGUAAAAUAACAAACUGCAGCAGUGAAAGGACUAUGGACCUGGUUUUGGAAAUGUGCAAUACCAAUUCCAUCCACUGGUGCGGCAUUUCAGGAAGACAGCUUGGAAAGCUACAUCCAAGCUCCUCUCUCUGCCUUGCCCUCACUCUCCUGUCUUCAGUACAGGGCCUGCAGAGUGUCUCUGGCUUAAGACUAACUGACACGUUCCUAAAGAGAACCUAUGAAUAUGAUGACAUCGCACAGGUCUGUGUGGUAUCUUCAGCCAUCAAAGUGGAGAGCUGAAGGAAGUUUCUGGUAUUCUGCUUUUCACUGAGUUUAACAGAACUUUCUCUACUUCUGUCACCUAUGUGAAAUGAUCAAGUCUACAACAAAAAUAAGUAUAUUUAAAUUUCUUCCCUGCAAAAGUUAAAAUAUUAAAUAUUUGUUUUGAAAAGAA